AUGGGCAAGAUCCUCAAAAGACUUUGGCCAGACACCUCAUCAAAGAACGAUGGUCAUAACACAGGAACAACGACAGAAAAGCAAAGUCGGAUUGAAAGCAGAACUUCAAUGGAAUGUGAAGCUGCUGAAGAGGAACGGGAACAAUGUCAGUCCCGAGAAAGAGGAAUAGGAGACGUGGUUCACGCCCCUGGAACUGAAUCAAGUGACGAAAUCCAUCAUGACCGAGAUUCAUCAAACAAGGAUUCAUCGAGUCCCAUCCAAGGAGCAGGUCCUGAUCCACAAGAAUACAUGAACAUCAUCAGAGGUUUAACUGAAUUACCCUCUCAUAUGGAAGCUGCGGCUCUGAGGAACCCGGACUGUAAAAUACAGACACUGUGGCUGCAAUGGGUCAGUCUCACAUAUUCUGGAGCCAAUGAUCUCGUCUCUGCUCUCAGUACAAACCAUACGGUGACGGAGCUGGAUCUGAGUGGGAAUAAACUGGGAGAUUCCGGAGUGAAACUGGUGUCUGAUGCUCUGAGGAACCCGGACUGUAAAAUACACACACUGGGGCUGGACAAUGUCGGUCUCACAGAUUCUGGAGCCAAGGAUCUCGCCUCUGCUCUCAUUACAAACCAUACGGUGACGGAGCUGCACCUGAAUGGGAAUAAACUGGGAGAUUCCGGAGUGAAACUGGUGUCUGAUGCUCUGAGGAACCCGGACUGUAAAAUACAGACACUGUGGCUGUGUGGUGUCGAUCUCACAGAUUCUGGAGCCGAGGAUCUCGUCUCUGCUCUCAGUACAAACACCUCACUGACGGAGCUGUACUUGGCACGGAACUCCCUCACAGACCGAUGUGUCCCCGCUCUCCGCCGCCUCAUACUGACCCUCCCGAGUCUGAAGCUGAUCUGGCUGUGGGGGAAUAAGUUCAGUGCAGACGGACAGAACCAGCUGAAGAGUCUGCAGGGAACCAGACGCGGACUGGGUGUGUUUGUGUGAACAUCUCUGGGAGUAAACGUCACCGCCGUGGGGACUGGAAUAUUGUUGGCCGAUUCCCUGCCCCUCCCCUUUAAACGGCCGCCCAUCCUCCCCUUUAAACCCCGACGCUUCCCGGGCCGGCCGGCC